AUGACCGCAGACAACGCCUGCUUGUCAUGUUCCCAGAAGAAACGCCGGUGCGAUCGAGCUGUCCCCGCUUGCUCCACAUGCCGACGGCUUGGUCGGGACUGCCAUUAUGAGACACUUCAGCUCGCCUUGCCAUCACGCAUCUCGUAUCAAGAGGUCCCGCACAAAUUACCCCAUCGACCCCUCCCAGUGGUCCAGCCCAACCAUCCUGCCGCGCAAGACACCUUGGCGCUCUCAUCAGAUGGCAAGGCAGCGAGAGCCUGUCUCGCAUGCAGAGACGCAAAGAGACGCUGCGACAAGCAGCCACCAUUCCCUAGCUGCAAGCGAUGCACCAGACUUGGGCUUAGCUGCAUCUACUGGAAUGGCCCUAAUGCGACCUUCACCCACGAUACGGCCAUUCCAGCAUUCGCCAUACAACGACUUGAUGCAGGAGGCAACAUGAUCUUCCCCGUCCCAGAGCGCAAGGAGAUGCCCAUGCUACUGCAUUCUUUCAUUGAAACCUUCGGACUCGCUCCCCUCCCCGUCGACAAGGGUAGCCUGGCCUUCCUCCUCCGCACAUCCUGGGCCUCCCAUGCCCUCUCUGACCCAUGCUCCUUUCACGCCACAAUGUUCUCUGCCUCGGCGCACCUCGAUGCGUUCCGAGGCGACUGGAAUAACCCGGUGACGACAUACCAUUACACCAUGGCCCUGCGACUCAUCCGCGAGAAGCUUGCCGCGCCUAAUAAGGCGCCUGAUGAAGGAACGAUUGCGUGUAUUCCCACGAUGGUAUUUUUCUCGUCUCUAAGAGGCGACGAGAAAUCAUCCCAGAUCCACAAGAAGGGACUCAUGCAACUCCUGCGAGCAAGAGGAGGCCUCGCAGAGUUUGAACUCGAUGGGUUUUUCGCCGCCUUGAUCCCAGUAUGCGUCAUAACAGCAGCCAUAGUCUUCGACUCGGAGCUCGACAUCCCAGGAAUCGACAUCCCGCCAACACCGGUCUUCCCACCCUCCCGACUGGUGUCGGCUGCGCUCGACCGAGCGGCGAACCGAAACGGAUACCAUCACCUCUCGCGCGAAGCAAUCCACAUCUUCGAGGAUAUCCGCUCCGUCUGCACAACACGAGAUGAGUUCUUGCGCACGCAAAUCAAGACUGAAUGGCGCGAGAGACUCCGGAAGAAAUUCAAGCCGGGCUCAGUACACGAAACUACUGUCCCCGAUAAGGUAGACGCAGCUUGCCACGCUGCCGCUAUGAUAUUCUUCUACCUUCUCUUCGACGACUCUGCUUCUGACUAUGAUGACACUAACUCCAAUCCCCUCCUUCCCACUCUGAGCACGCCGACGACACCAUCUACACCAUCCACACCGGCCACUUCGUCCACACAUCUCGAAACCCUAAUCGCAGACCUAAAAGAAACUCUCCAGAAAACAAGCACCGACCUCUGGAUCCGCACGUCCGCUGAGGCGAUCACAUGGAUCUCGCUCGUUGGCGCCGCAGUGAGUGCUCCCGCAAGCGCUGACAGGAUCUGGUUCAGUCUGCGGUUUGCGCAGCCUGUGGGGUGUAUUCGGAGCGAGGGGGCGGGGCUGUACAUUGCUUGCUGGAUGCUGUAUGACUGGUUGAAUUCGCGGAGGAAGGAGAAGAUGGCGGUUGUUGAGAUAGCGUGA